AUGCAACUUUGCGUUUUGUUUCAGCUCGAACAAGAUGUAUCUUCCUAUAAUGGUUUGUCGCCAGCAGAGCUAAUCGCUCCAUUCUACAAAGAGAAACUGUGCUCCUAUCGAGUGGACCCAUAUUGGACUUAUGAGCUGUGUCAUGGACGGUAUAUUGUGCAGUAUCAUGAAGAGAAGGACAUUCGGGGAAUUGGCAGAACCGCAGAGUAUUACCUUGGCAAUCUUCAUGUGGACUACUCCACCUUGAGCACUCCAGUUAAUCAUGAUAACCCUCCAAAAAGAAUUAUUGAUGGCGAAGAACAUGCAUAUUUCCCUGUAUUAUAUAGUCAAGGAACUACAUGUGAUAUCACAGGAAAACCAAGAACGACGACUGUUAUGUAUAUAUGUGUUGAGGAAUACUCCCUUGGCCCAGAAAAGCCGGAAGUAGAUAUAGAGCAUAUGGAACGAGUAGAGAGGGCUAUUGAACAAAUACAGCAACAGUUUGAAAACAAGGAAAAGCUGCUGAAGCUCGCUGGCCAAAAGAGGUACCAAGGUGUAGAUACGCUUGCAAACAAUCGGUUGAUUGUUGAAGACACUGUUAAUCGCAUAUUAUCUGGAAGGGAGUGCAUUUAUGGUGGUGAAGGAUGGUGGAGAUAUGAAUUCUGCUAUGGAAAAUCUGUACUACAAUACCAUAUUGAGCCUAAUGGUGACCGUACUGAGAUUUUGCUAGGAAUAUUCGAUGAGAAAGUACAUAAAGCAUGGGUUGACGAAGAUAGGACGCAUCGAUCUCCGAAGAAGGUUGGUAUCCAUACGAUUUCACUAUAA